UGAAGCCGAAGGAGUAAGGUGCGAAAACGCAGGUUUCUGCAUUGCAGGCAUUCAACUAAUCUUCCACAAAAAGCAGCAGCUACAUGGAUAUAUAAUAUUCCCAACUCUUUCAAUUGCAUCUUGAGGAAACUAAACGAACGGUGAGACACCCAGAUAGCAGCACAUACGCGAUCACUGACUUCAGAGAUUGUUCCACAAGAGAUAAAAGUAGCAGGUGUGCGGAGCCAUGCCCUGCGUCCAGGCUCAGUAUGGGACAUCACCACCAGGAGCCAGCCCUGCAUCUCAAAGUUACAGUUACAACACCACGGGAGAGUACAGUUGCGACUUCCUAACGCCGGAGUUUGUCAAGUUUAGCAUGGACCUGACUAACGCAGAGAUAGCUGUCACUUCUUCGCUUCCAAGUUUCAACACCUUUGUUGACACAUACAGUUCCAACUACGACGUGAAGCCUCCGUGCCUCUACCAAAUGUCCCACUCUGGGGAUCCGUUGUCCAUCAAAGUGGAGGAUAUACCCCCACACAGUUACCAUCAGCAGCACCACCAGCCUCACCAAACUGAGGAGAGCGUACCCCAUACCGGACCUAUAUACUAUAAAGCGUCUUCUCCAAACAUCACAUCGUCACCAAAUUUCCCGGCAGCUCCACAUCACACAUGGGAAGAAAGCGGACACCUUCACAGUUUUCAUCAGAACUAUCUGGCGACUUCACAUAUGAUAGACCAACAGAGAAAAAACGCAAUGUCUCGGUUGUUCUCGUUCAAGCAGUCUCCUGUUGAUACACCGAUGUCAAGCUGCCAGAUGCGCUUCGAUGGCUCCCUACACGUGUCUAUGGGCCCGGACACCCCUGGUGCGCAUCGUGCGCUGGAGAGUUUUGCCGUCCCCGCACCUCCGAGGAAACAGCACGGUAUGGGGAUGUCUCAUUCUCUAAACGUCGGUCACGGACACCCCUUACUGGAAAGCCCGGUAGCCUCACCCCAGGCUCGGGGAUCUCCUUCCAGUGAGGGUCUUUGCGCUGUGUGCGGAGAUAACGCAGCUUGCCAGCACUACGGGGUGCGCACCUGCGAGGGAUGCAAAGGAUUCUUAAGGUUAGAAACCUAUCUGUCUUUUUCCUUUUAUUUUCAAAACUUGUCACUAUUACUACAUGUUGGUAGAGUUUGCACGUUUUACAGUUCAGGACACCUCCGUUCAUCUCUGCCACCGUUUCUUUCGCCUAGAAUUAAAUUGGUUUGUGCCGAGAGUCGUAUCUUGCCUAACCGAGCUGAAACAUGUGCUGUUCCUCUACAGCGCACGGUGCAGAAAAAUGCCAAAUACGUUUGUCUGGCAAACAAAAAUUGUCCUGUGGAUAAAAGACGGCGAAAUCGAUGCCAGUAUUGCCGCUUUCAAAAGUGCAUGGUCGUGGGAAUGGUAAAGGAAGUCGUCAGAACAGCGAGUUUAAAAGGCCGGAGGGGUCGUCUGCCGUCUAAACCUAAAAGCCAGCAGGACAUCCCAGUCUCCAUGACACCUGUCAAUCUCCUGAACGCCCUAGUGAGAGCGCACAUGGACUCCAACCCCUCCAUGGCCCGACUGGACUACUCUAAAUUCCAGGCGAGCACCGAGUAUCACAAUGGAGACGAAUCUCUGCACAUUCAGCAAUUCUACGAUCUCCUUACUGCUUCGAUGAACAUCAUUCGCGGAUGGGCCGAAAAAAUUCCCGGUUUUACUGACCUGGCCAAAUGCGACCAGGAGUUGCUUUUCGAGUCAGCCUUCCUUGAACUUUUUGUCCUGCGGCUGGCUUACAGAUCCAACCUGGCUGAGGAUAAAUUUAUUUUUUGCAAUGGAGUGGUUCUACACAAGAUGCAGUGCGUGCGAGGCUUUGGUGAAUGGAUCGACUCCAUCUUUGAGUUUUCUUCUAACCUUCAGAGCAUGAACAUAGACGUCUCUGCUUUCUCCUGCAUAGCUGCUCUCACCAUAGUAACAGAGAGACACGGACUGAAAGAGCCUAAGAAAACGGAGGAGCUUCAAAACAAGAUAGUAAACUGUCUGAAGGAUCAGGUGUCCUGCAGUGCCGAAUUAUCUAAACUGUUGGAGAAGCUGCCGGAGGUGCGCGCGCUGUGCACGCAAGGACUGCAGCGCAUCUUUUAUUUGAAACUGGAGGAUUUGGUUCCCACGCCUGCCAUCAUCGACAAACUCUUUCAUGAUACGCUACCCUUCUGAAAACCUUUUAAACUGCUACAGGUUUAUAACAUCUUCGUGAUUCCUCAAAUGUGGCGGACCUAAAGAACUGAAUGUGUCAGAAAUAGGCGGAUGGCAUUUUCCAGGUUGCGAGAGCGUGCUGCCUGGAAACACGCAUGAAUAAUGUUGCUUAAGAUUUUUGCGGAUGAAAAAUAACAAUAGAAUAUUCGAAUAUUCAAAGCAUUGCGAACUGUGAGGGAAAAGGACUGUUCUUAUGCCUGUUUAAAGUGUAUGCAGCUAUAUACUGAAAAAAUGCAGUGUGGUGGAAGUGUUUUGUAUAUUGUUUUACGUCAUAUAACUUGUUUAUGUUGAUACCUGCAAAAUCAUUUAUAUAAAACUUCUGCACAUUUAACUUGUAAAGCAAGAUGUAUGAAAUGGAGUAAAAUAAUUUCGACAAGGUACUUAAACCACUAGCAAAUUAACCAUUCUGCAUUAGAGAUCGUAUUGGGUGCACAGGAGGAUUUUUAAAGUCUAUCUGCAACAUUUGUGGAUGACAAACUUUGAUCAACAUGGACACAUGCAAACAUAUAGAGCACGUUUUUGUGUUUAUAAUUUUGAAGUAAUAGUGAAUUAAACUGUUAUUGAGAACGGCUUUUUUACAGUUCAGGAAGUAUGCAUGGAAUUCUUUAUGAACUAUUAACUUUCUCCAGCAUUUUUUAUUAAUUUCAUAUUGAAAUAAUGUCCAUGACGUUUACGUGCAACUGGUUUUAAAUUCAUAACAUUAUGCCUUGGCUAUAUAUUUUAGAUUAUUGUUUUUACGAUGUAUGGUUUUUGCAUUGCAUUCUGUAUUAAGCUUCUCCCGUCUAGUGGAUUGAUGAAUAAAUCUAACUAUUAUAUCUA